AUGUUCAUUUUCAUGUUUUUUCUCUCUUUUUUAGGUCCUCUUUUUGGCAAGGAUACUUUGACCGGAGCAGAGGUCUUUGCAACGGAUGGUGUCGUGGUUGGAGGAACAACUGGAAUGCGGGACGGUGCGGUGUUCAAAGAAGGUGCCGUCGAGGCUACUACGGAUGGGACUUUGGAGGGAAAACCGGAUGGUGAAUUGUCCAAAGAGGGUGUCAUUGAGGCUACCACGGAGGGAAUUGUGGAGGGGAAACUGGAUGGUGAGUCGCUCAAAGAGGGCGUCAACGAGGCUACCACAGAGGGGUUUCUGGAUGGGAAACUGGAGGGUGAGUCGCUCAAAGAGGGAGACGCGCUACCCAUGGGGGGCACAGCCAAAACGGUAAGGCCUUUAAAAUAG